UUUAUCACCCCCUCUUUCCCCGAUCGCCACCGCCGCACCAACCCCUACCCUGAGAAGAGCUAGGUUUUUUACCCUCCUCACUCUCCCUCGCGUCGGCGGCCGCGCGCAACUUUCCCUGAAGCCCCGGAUCCACUCAACCCCCCUCCCCCUCCGCGCCAGAUCGUUGUGUUUAUGAGCUCGAAGGAGAAGCCCACUCUUGGAGGCCAGCGGAUUAAGACCCGCAAACGGAAUAUUGCUGCUCCUUUGGACCCUGCAUCAUUCUCUGAUGCAAUUGUCCAGAUUUAUCUGGAUAAUGCUGGAGACCUGGAACUUGUUGCCAAAAGUAUCGAGUCCUCGGAUCUCAACUUCUCACGUUACGGUGACACCUUUUUUGAGGUUGUAUUCAUUGGAGGGCGCACUCAGCCUGGCACAAUAAAACCUGAGGAAGAAGGAGAGCGUCACCCCUAUUCUGUACUUGAUUGUGCAGCGCAGCGUGAAGCAAUUUUGCCUUCUGUUCUCUACAUUCAGAAAACAUUGCGCAGGAGGCCUUUCUUGAUAAAGAAUCUUGAAAAUGUUAUGCGCAAAUUCCUUCAGUCACUGGAGUUCUUCGAAGAAAAUGAGAGGAAGAAACUUGCCAUUUUCACAGCACUUGCCUUUUCUCAGAAGUUAUCAGGUCUUCCACCUGAAACUGUCUUCCAGCCACUGCUCAAGGAUAAUCUUGUUUCCAAAGGGAUAGUGCUUUCGUUCAUUACUGAGUUUUUCAAAGAAUAUCUGAAGGAGAACACUUUAGAUGAUCUUAUUGCACUUUUGAAGAAAGGCAAAAUGGAGGACAAUUUGCUGGAAUUUUUCCCAUCGGCAAAAAGAACCUCCGAGGCUUUAUCUGAACAUUUCACUAAAGAAGGUCUGACAAGUCUUGUUGAGUACAAUGAAAAGAAGAUGUUUGAGGUUAAACUUAAGGAGAUAAAGUUAACACUGACAACAAUGAUCAAUGAAGAGGCUGAAAUAUCUGAAGUCACAGAAGCUGUCAAGCAACAGGUGAAAGAUGCUAAAUUUCCUGAUAUAGAGGUUGUUCGCAUGCUAUGGGAUGUGCUGAUGGAGGCUGUUCAGUGGUCUGGGAAGAACCAGCAACAAAAUUCUAAUUCAGCACUUCGGCAGGUGAAAGCAUGGGCUGGCCUUUUGAAUGCAUUCUGCACAAGUGGCAGGCUUGAACUCGAACUCAUAUACAAAGUUCAGACACAGUGCUAUGAGGAUGCUAAGCUGAUGAAGCUAUUUCCUGAAAUAAUCAGAACGCUGUAUGACCAAGAUGUCCUAGCUGAAGAUACCAUCCUCCUUUGGUUCCGCAAGGGUUCAAACCCAAAGGGCAGGCAAUCUUUCGUCAAAGCACUGGAACCUUUUGUUAAAUGGCUGGAGGAGGCCGAGGAGGAGGAAUAAAUGGUGCUACUGGAGGCUGUGCGAAUGUAUUGUUUGAAUAUUUCCUUAUAUCCCAAGUUUCCAGCUAAAGUUAUGUAUCUUUUGCUCCCUUGUUACUGGGCCGACCAUUUUAUGAUCACAUGCUGAUCCUAAUAGUCUACUGAAUGUUAAAAUCCCAUGCAAGAAGUUAUUCCAGGAUUUGCUAAAUUAUUGGUUGUUACAACUUACAAGAAUGUUCCAUAUGUUAUUUCUCAACUGUUGGUACUUAAGAUAUUUUAAAUUCU